CGCAACCCUUUAUUUCCAUUUCCAGCCCCUCUGUUCUAAAUCUCAGUUUGAUCAGUAUUGAUAAAUGAGUUGGGCCAGAGGGGGAGGAAAGAAUGAGUGGUCCAGGAAGUGUGUGGUCUGUCAAUGAUUGGAGAAUGUCGGUGGGUGUUGCAAUGUUUUCCUUAUCGCCAUUGGACUUCCUCUCCGCCGCUCAGAGCUGCUGCUGCUGCGUCUCCAGACACUUCCUGCUGCUGCACCGAGCUACACUUCACACAGCCAGCGGCUCUCUGUCGUCGUCAGGAGGGAGACAAGAUGAGGAACAAAGAUCUUUGGGAGGGAACGUGAGGCUUGAUUCAAGGACAUAACAAUGACAUAAACUAAGGACUGACCUGGAACUGUGUCCUUGUUUGUCUUUUGUUUUGUUCCUUUUUUUUUAUUUUUUCAUUGUCUAGUCUCCACCUGUCUUACCUAGUGUUCACCCUCUUCUUGUGGAGAACAGAUAAUGAAGUAUGCAGGAGUAUUUGUUUGGAUGAAACUUUAAUGUGUCACACUACUGUCGAGAGGACUGGCCCAGUCACUCCUCUUGUCUGCCUCCUAUAUCACUGAGAUCAAAGAUAGCAAUAGAGGUAUCAAAGGUCUUGGAAAAAAACUGCACUUAUCAUAUCUUUGUGGCAUUAUUUACAUUUCAGCCAGCACUUACCAUGCAACAUACUCUACAGAACUCAUUACUUGUGCAUUAAUUUAAUUUAAUUCUUGUAGCCUCCUUGUUUAAACAAGGUGUGUCUUUUUGUCUUAUUUCAUACUUAAUGGAUCAGUUUUUCAAUGCAACCAAGAAGUUUAGUUUUAUCCAUUUGUGUAAUUAUUUAAAGAUUUAUUGUUAAUGUCGAGGAGCUGCUCAGCUGCCUUAUAUUAUCGGAAUAGGCGGCUUUAAGUUGUAAACUUUUUUUUUUUUACUUAUGCAAUCUAUGUGAAGAACACUUUUGUUUAAAUGACUGAUCCUGUCGUGGAAAAUCUACAUUUUUAAGUUGUGUUGUCUUUGAAUAUGUUGAAGUUUUGCUCACUCAAUUUUCCACUGGCAGUAAACUGUAGAAGCUGACAACUCCUCAGAUCAAACUGUGAUGGGAGCUUUCCAACUGUGACACAAAGACUAAUCUUUAGCAGUUUCCAUCUUCACUGGAUAAAUACUCUAAACAGAAGAACAUUUUAACUGGAAGAAGUUUUUCUUUUCAAAUGAACACAUACUUCUGAGAUGGACAGACGGAAACUGAAACUCAGAGCUGAUUUUUUUUUGUGACAUUGUCUUUUGAAUCCAAACACUGAAGAGGGAGAAUGAUUUUGAGGAGAUUUCAGGGAUAAAGCUCACAGACUGACAUUCAGAUACAUUUUGAUUUUCCCUGCAAAUCUUGAAGAGCUGCCAGACGCCACUCUUCAAGCCUCUAACUAGAAAAUACCAUCCUGAAGCUUGUCAGACCGACUUUGUCCUGAUAAGCCUUGUCCACUUCUGCAGUGAGGAUGCGAUCUCCAGAACCGACUUCACCUUCCACAGCAGAAGCCCUCCUUCAUGGCCAGUUUGCCAGCUGGGGUUCAGGCAGCAACAGCAACAAUAACAGCUGCCCCAACAGCCCUGGUGGUCCGGGGGGACUCUCCCCCAUUGUCUCCCCUACUCCGGCUCCGGCCUCCAACUAUGCCUUGACCCUCACCCACACCCACAUACAUAUCCAGCGGCUGUCUCCACGGCCGGGAAAGGAAGCCCGUCUCUUGCUGCCUUUAUCUGAGCUAGUGGGGUGCAGCUGCCCUCGUGCCCCGGCGCCCCCUCUCCUGGUGCUGUACUGGUACCCGCCAGGCAAACGACGGAAAGGGGUGUCACGGCGCAGGCAGGUGAGGGCGUACCUGGCAGAAAGCAGGUCUGAAGCUGAGAGGUGGUCGGCUGCCGUGCAGUGUCUACUCAGAGAUGUGACCGUCACUGCUGACACAGAAUUUUCAAGAAGUCUGCUACCUCGUCCCAGACGACUACUGUUAUUGGUCAAUCCCUUCAGUGGGAGAGGCCAGGCGAUGCAGUGGUGUCAGACCCACAUCCUGCCAAUGAUCAGAGAGGCCAACAUCAGCUACAACCUUAUACAGACAGAGCGUCAGAACCACGCCAGAGAGCUUAUCAGAGAGAUAUCGCUCCCAGAGUGGGAUGGCAUCAUCAUUGUCUCUGGAGAUGGCCUGCUGCAUGAGGUAAUUAAUGGGCUGAUGGAGCGUCCUGACUGGGAACAAGCAAUAAAAACACCUGUCGGCAUUCUUCCCUGUGGCUCCGGGAAUGCCCUGGCUGGCUCCAUCAACCACCAUGCAGGGUAUGACAUGUGCCUUCGGGAGCCUCUCCUUUUGAACUGCUGCUUUUUGCUGUGUCGAGGCGGUGUCCGACCCAUGGACGUGAUCUCUGUGACAACAAGCCCUUCUCCGUCCAACAACAGUCGUCCUGCAGCACCCAGGAGACUGUUUUCUUUCCUUUCUGUUGCCUGGGGCUUUGUGUCCGAUGUGGAUAUUGAGAGCGAGAGGUAUCGUGGCCUGGGCUCAGCUCGCUUCACCCUGGGCACCCUCGUGCGCAUAGCUUCUCUUCGAUCCUACAAGGGUCGUCUGUCCUACUUGCCUCCUUCUAUUAUCACCACAUCACCAGACGCCACACCUCCUCCCCCAAGGAGACCCCUCUCCCGCAGUAUCACAGAAGGCCUGGAUGGCUUCUGUCGAACGCCCAUCCAUCGCACCUGCUCCGACAUGGGCAUCAGCGAACAGAGGAGCCUGCGUAAGGGUGAGGUAGAGAGGGAGAAAGAGGAGAGGCAGAGGGAAAGGGAGAGAAGAAGGGAGAGGGCAAGGGGAGGAGGAACUGGCGUGGUGAGGGCGAGCAGCCUGGCAGAGGACCGAGAGAGGGAGGGGGAGGUGGAGAUGGAAGCAGAAGAGGACAGGGAGGGGACAUGUUCGGAGAGUUCAGAAUCCAUUGAAAGGGAAGACUGCAAUAUGGGAAGGGCAGAAAGGUUGGCGGGGAUCAAGGAUGAAAGGGAAGAUGAGGGAACGGUAGAGCAAGACUCCAGUGAGAUGGAGGAGGAGGACAGAGGGAAGGAUAGGGAAGGCAGUGGUGGUUCUGCAGAGGGGUUGCAUGCAAGAGAUCUGGGAGAGAGCUGUGGGGUGGACAUGGGGCGAGAGGCAGAUGAAGAGCCAGAGAGUUGUCUCACUUACCAAGAUAGCCUUCAGGAAGGCAGAAAGUCACUAAGAAAGAAUUCAGCCCCUUCCAGCCAGAUAGCCAGCGCUCUCUUCAACACGCCUCUCAGUCAGGAGGCAGACACAGAUUCUGGCACAUCAUACGGGGUAGAAGACAUGGAUCUGAAUGGAACCUACUACCAGAAAGAACCCUUCCAGGACGUUGCUCGUGAGCGAUCUCUCACCAUCUCUUCUCCAUUUCGUCACUCUCCCUUCUCUUACAAGCCCAAGACUAUGGACCAAAACCAGAACGCCUCCCGGCCGAGGCCCCUCUCUCUCCUCCAGCACUCCCACUCAAACUCCCUCCCCCCUAAACUCCCCUCCCUCUCCCUGUCUCUCUCCCCCACACCCCCAUCUUCCCCUUCAUGUGCCUCCCCACACUCUUCAUCCUACCUCGUCCCCCGACCCAACACCCCAAACUCCACCUCGCCCUCACCCUCUCUACGCACACCGUCCUCAUCUUUUAACUUUGACAUUGCCGAGCCAGCAGGACCCCUGAAGAACCGUCCUUUUGUCUCACUGCCUUUAAAUGUCCCUAGGGAUGACUUGUUACCCCCCCUCGACCAACCCCUUCCCACCAGAGACUGGGUCACCAUUGAAGGGGACUUUGUCCUAGUCCUGGCCCUGUAUCAGUCCCACCUCGGGGCUGAUCUUCAUGCUGCACCCCAGGCCAGGUUCGACGAUGGGCUGAUCCACCUGACCUUUGUGCGGGCGGGGAUCUCCAGAGCCACUCUACUGAGACUGUUCUUUGCCAUGGAAAGAGGAAACCACCACUCCGUCAGCUCGCCGUAUGUGAGCCAUAUCACCUGCAGGGCCUUCAGGCUGCAGCCUCUGUCCACGCGGGGGACACUCACUGUUGAUGGAGAACUGGUGCCCUAUGGGCCUCUUCAAGCGCAGGUUCAUCCUUCCAUGGCUCGUCUCAUCGUUGGCGACUCUGGAGUGAAGAUUACCAGAUUCUAAUCAGGGAUUGGUUGAGCCGAUCGACAGAUAAAGCACUCUACUGAGUUAUAUAAUUGCUGUUGUCAUCUAUACUCUGCGAGAGAGGGCGGAGUAUCUGAGAGACUUAAAAUAGCCUGGAUUGCAGAAACUGCUUUUCUAGGGUUUAAUGAAAGGGAUAUAACCCACCGAGCCACGCAUCAUUGGAGCACGACUGCAGGGAUUAAUAGCGAAUUUGAAAAUGGAUGAAAAAUGCGCCUCAUUGCACAGCUGUUGGAUUACGCUCAGCAUACCCUGAGAAGCAUGAAAACUGCACAGCCCGGGAUAGUAAGAGGGAAGAAGUAUCGAAUGUUUAUGGGAUUUGUUUUUGUGCAGACAGUGCAUGUGUUGGAUGUAUACAUAGUAGUAUGCAUGCAGAGAAGCACUACCUGAAUUUUGCCUUUUAAUGAGAUGGAAAGAAAUCAGAUUAAAUUCAGAGAAAGUUGUUCUUAAACAUGAAAUUCUAUAAAAAUACAUUGAGAUUCACUCGGGCCAACACCCCAUUAAAAUAGCCCCAACCGUCUAUCUUCAACCCCAAUGUCCAAAUGUUUGAGUAUAAAAACGUCCGUCCAUGAAGGGAAUGCCUUAUCUGACACUGGACAGUACAGCUGUACCUUCGCCCUUAUUUGCUCUUACAUAUAUAAGAUACCCAAAUAUUCUUAAUCUGUCCAGCUAUCAUAGUGUCCGUCCACUACGUCAAAGCAAAACUUAUAUACUAAGACAUACUGGUAGACCCACCUACCUACCUACUGUUAUCUUUGAGCACACUACUCUCCACUGCUUUAAGCAUCAGUGGAGAAAAAUGUGGAUAAAUGUACACUUCAAUGACCAUUUUGUUCAUGCAAGUGACUAAAACGUAGAGCAGCGAGAUCAAGCUUUUCAAGGUCAUUACUUUAGUAGGAGCAAUGGAGCCGUUGAACGGUGACCAUUACUGACAUUUUUGCAUAAUCUGCCUGUUUUUCUUAGCCAGUGGGUGCACGAUGGUGAUGUCAAUGAUAUCACACUUUGCAACUUAUUGAACAUGAAGAUGUCUGAACAAAGCAAGCUUCUUUGUCAGUGGUUUUAGACUUUUUAGACUUUCAAUAAAUGUAUCAGAAUCACACAGAUGUCAAGAAUAUAUCACUAUCUCUGAUCUUUGGAAGCGUAGAGGACAUUACAUGCCUCUGUUAAGUAGUAAAUAGUGCAUUUAUUUUGCACAAUAACUGGAGUUGAAGCUGCACAGAAAAUCACACUAGAAUGCAUAAUAACUUUUAAAUACAUCUACGCAGAAUCUGAUACAAUGCUUUGUUCUAGACAUGGAUGCACUAAUAAUAGCCUAGUCCAGAUACUAUGACAAAUGGAUCUCAUUACAUUCCUAGCCUUAAAUUAAUUAAAUGCCUCAAUUUGAACACUUUUGAAAGGUAGGACUGACUGAUCAUUUAGAAACUUUAAAAUCCUGCCGUAGAGACAAACAAGGGCGCAACACUAAAAUCCAGCUGCUCUGUGUUGUCACAUCAGACUUUUGAUCAACAGAUAAAUCAGAUGGAGGUAAAACAACUUUUACUGUGAGAAAUGAUCCGGCAGCAGAGCUGAUCUGUUGAAUGAAGUGAUAGAUUGGGUUUUAAAUUUUAAAUAUCUUGAUGAUGUGCUCCUUAGUGAAAUCAAACAGCAGAUCUUGGAGCCCGUACUAGGCAUUGUCAUGUUUUAUCAUUUGAUUUUUGUAAUGUUAUAAUAAAACCUGCUGAUACACUUGGUCUGGACAAGAGAUAAAUCAUUAGCAUGUGCAGUGUAUCAAUCAGUGAGAUUAUGCGCCGACUGCUUCAUCAACAUACUGUAUCACUUGGUCAUGCCUGGACAAAUCAAUGCCUUUGUAUAAUAAGCCUGUAAAUUCUGGCUGUUGAUCAUGAACUGUUGAAACCUGACUGCAGAAAAUAGAGUAAAACUCUUUGCUCACCAGACCUUUAUUUUUCUUCUUUUAUUUGUUUCCUUUGAGCACACAAUGCAGCUAGUCUACCACAACUACACUGUGCUUACACAGCUACAGAAUGUGAACACAACAUUUUGAGUCUAGGCUUGUAACAGUACCAAAUAGAAGAAUCUAUAUACACUUUGAAUGGAGUUUUUUGCCAAGAUGUUUAGUCUUGAUGUUUAAGAGACUAGUUUACCUUCCUAAACAUUUUGUCGUCUAUGGCAUAGCUCGGAUCAGGGUGUUAUAGACCAAUUUGAUAUGACAAUGUUGGGGUAUAACCCCCUCAAUUGAUAAUGCCAUUAAGAUGUCUGUAGUGGCCUGCCUGUAAUGAAAUUGUAAUUAUUACUAAAAUCAUAUGAAUAUAUGAAAUAUAUACAUACACAAUGUACAGUUGAUAGUUACAUAUGGUUUUGAAUAAAUGUAACUUGAUAAGUUUGUCUG